AUGACCCAAACAUCGAUUCCACCCAGAUAUGUCCGAGUCGCAGUGACAGAAUUUGAGCCUAUUUGGCUCGAUUUGCAAAAGACGGUCGAUAAAACAUGUCUUCUUAUCAAGGAGGCGUCUGUGAAUGGAGCACAGCUGGUCUCAUUCCCAGAAUGCUGGAUCCCAGGGUAUCCAUCAUGGAUAUGGACUCGAAGUGUUGAUUUUGAUCUCUCUACUACCUACAUCAAAAACUCAUUACGUAUCGAUUCACCCGAGAUGGGUCGCAUAUGUGCAGCAGCGAAAGAAGGCAAUAUAUCAGUCGUCUUGGGUUUUAGCGAGAAUUGGAAUCACUCUCUUUACAUCUCUCAAGCAAUUAUCGAUCAUGAAGGCAUCAUACGAGUGAAAUGUCGAAAGCUCAAGGCUACACACAUGGAGAGAACUGUAUUUGGUGAGGCAUCAGGAUCAUCGUUGACGAACGUAGUUGAUCUCGAUGGCAUUGGACGACGCGAAACUAUUCACGUCUCCCAGUGGCCACCGAUAUGGGAACAUAGUGGAGGGCCUGAUCUUUGGUCCAUGUCCAGAGACGGAAGCCGAACCCUUUCGCAGGCACAUGCCAUAGAAUCACAAUCAUUCGUCUUGCAUACUACAGCAGUGCUUAGUCAGGACGGAAUCGAUAAAAUGGAUACUAGUAAUGGUCUGGUUAUGAACGCGCCUGGUGGAGGCACUUCUGCCAUUUUCGGCCCAGAUGGUCGAAAAUUGUCCGAAGAUUUGCCAGAUACAGUUGAGGGUUUCUUAUAUGCAGAUCUCGAUCUGGAUGUAAUUCUGAAAUCGAGGAGUUUCUUGGAUGUCUGUGGUCAUUAUAGUCGACCCGAUUUGCUCGCUAUAAGUGUUGACGAUAUAGAAAGGGUUUUGGUGAACAGUGCGUAA